GUAGCACCAUAACCAACAAACAGUCUUUCAUCACCCUAAUACCCAAUCUACUCAGCAUCUUAAUUGAUUGCCGAGCGAAAUCUGCCUUGAUCUGCUCUAUACACGCUCACCUCAUAUCUUGGGACCACGAAAUCUGCGAUCCCGGAUUACCCCUCUACGCCAAAGCGAGACCCCUCACUCCAACUCCGUCAAAAUGUCCAUCCCGAACGAAGCUCUGCAGAAGCUCCUGCAAGAAAUCGAAGCCCAGGCUAUCAGCUCGCAGCAACAAAUCGGCAUCACCAAGGCCCAGAUCACAACCAAGCAGAGAGAUAUCCGAAUGCUAGAAUUAACAUCCAAGGAGAUCGGAACACUUCCUAAGGAUACAAGGGUAUAUGAGGGUGUAGGCAAGAUGUUCGUGGGUGUCCCUAUGAACACAAUCGAUAAGCGCCUAUCGACCGAGAGCGGAGAACUGAAAUCGGAUAUCACGGGCUUGGAAAAAAAACUACACUACCUCGAGAUGACGAAUAAGAAUAGCCGGGAGAAUCUAGAACAGAUUCUCAAGUCGGGAGGGAAGGCGUGAAAGGGUUGUCUAGGCAGUCUCUUUGAGUUGAGUUGGGCAACGACAACAAGGUGCUUCUGAUUUUGCAUGCCUACCUACCUUUCCCUUCUCCGGUCGGAGAACAGGAUGCAGCUGCCGAAGACGUUACAGUCUGGAUGGAAGUUCUAGACGGCGGACGUCGGGCGCUAUGUGGCGCUCUAGCCCUUCUCCCCAGCGUGGUGUGACGGUGGAUCAACUGCAACUAUACCGAUGUGUGGUGAUAUUAUUUUUCUUCUCAAUGCGCAGAGCGCUCAGCACCGGAGUCUAGCGAUAUGGUACAGCAUCCGGGGCUAUUACAUGUUCAAUUCAAGAUGGUGCCAUAUUGGCUUUUAUUCCUUUUUUUUGUCAUUAAACG